AUGAAGACAAGGACUCUUGCCCAAGCAUGCUUGGCCAGCCCUGAAGCUGCGUGGAGCAGGCGAAUACAGCAGAUAUCUGUGCUCUAUCCAUUUCACGUGCGAAUAGGCGAGCAGUAUCCGGCAAGAAAGGAGUUGCGCCAUCAUCAGGCAGCGACGCCAAAGACGGCGCUGUCCGACACCACCACCUUGACUGCUAAUACCUCCGCGUCGGCAGUAGAGCCAUCAGCGGGGAGCCAUGCCGCUGCCGCAGCCACGGAAUCCAAAGCCCUUGGUAUCAGCGCUGCCAUACUGUCCACAGCUGGCGCCUCCACGGCGGCGACUAUUUCGAGCGACGCGCAACCAACAGCGUCCGGGAGGUUAGGGCCCACAGCGGCGGCCGCAUCCUUCCAGGACCUGGGUGUGCUGGAGCUGUCCUCUCCGGUGUCUUCUUUUUCGUCAAGUUUGGAACUGGACAGCGGCGAUGAUGUGGACGGGGAGAUGUGUACACUGGUGGCGGACCCCAGCGGCGACGUUCAGGUGGUGUGUGACUCCGACCCGGGUCACCCGCUGUCCCUGGCGGAGGCGGCUGUGUACCGGCCCCCCUUCCCCCCCACGCUGCUGCAAGACAUGGAGGCAAAGUUGGAGGCGGACCUCACCACCGUUGGAGUGACCAUACUCUUCGCUGUGGGCUUCAUCAGCUUGGAGUUCGGCAUCAACGACCUGAUCGAGCAUUACUUCGGGGACUCGUUGUUGUCCGAUGUGGUGUGCGUGUGGGUGGGUCUGGCGGUGGUGUUCUGGGUUCGACUAAGCAAAAUGCGUCUGAUGCGGUUCGAUCGGUGGAGAAAGACCCGUGGGUCGCGGUUUUCUCUCGACGGUGCACCGCUGCUGGGGUAG